AUGAACUCACUUCCAAAAGGAGUAAUACGCUCAUCGACGCUUAAAACUUUGAGACAGCAUUUUGCCGAAAAAAAUUUAUUCGCCUCGAAUAGUUUUGAAAGUUGGAAGGAUGAUGUGUUGAAGCGAGUCAGUGUUUGGCGUGGAGACAUUUGCAAAUUGGAAGUCGAUGCGAUCGUAAAUGCAGCAAAUCGAUCCCUCGCCGGAGGCGGUGGUGUUGAUGGGGCCAUUCAUAGAGCAGCCGGAUAUGAUCGACUGCAAAGCGAAUGUCGAAAGUACGAUUAUUGCGAUGUUGGAAGAGCUGUUAUUACGUCUGGCUGUAACAUAAGACACAUUAAAAAUAUUAUUCAUACAGUUGGACCACAAGUAUAUGGUGUUGUGGGAGAAAAAGAAAAAAACGAACUCAUUUCCUGCUAUUCGUCGUCUUUAGAACUUGCCAAGAAGAAUGGCUUAAAAACUAUUGCAUUCUGCUGUAUUUCCACCGGCGUUUAUGGAUACCCAAAUGAGGAUGCUGCGAAAGCCGUCACCGAGUUUUUGUCGAAUUAUUUGAAAUGCGAUCAAAACAAUGAUAAGAUUGAACGAGUCGUGCUUGUCACUUUCUUGGAUAUAGACUACAACUAUUAUUUGAAAUAUUUUCGUGAAUUUUUUAAUCAGGAAGAAAAAAGUGCGUCAGCAUCGACAGAAAAAUUGGCUGGAUGGCCUAGCAAACAGAAAAAUUAUAUGCAUUCGGGUGAUGGAAACGAGACACAGACAAAAAAGAAAAAAGUUGAUAGAGAAAGCUACUAUUCAUCUGAAAAUCCAUAUAAGAAUUGGGUCGAUAGAAGAGCUCGACCAUUACAUUAUGAUUAUUCUACUAAAAAAAACUAA